AUGGAUAGUUGCAACGUCGACCGUUUUCUGCAAACUUUUCAUUUGUCGCAACGACGCGCGGAUAAAAUCUUUAGUUCACUGUUAAACUUUCAUCUACCUCAACCAUCUAAUUUCAUUACAAAAAAGGGGAUACUACCAGUGGAAUGCAAGGACACAGCUGACAUUUUAAUUUUUUUUGAUGAUUUAUUUGACUCUAUGAAUGGCAGUUUCAACAGCUCCAAACAGAAAACUGGAAAAUAUCUUCUGGGACCUGUUACUCCGAAAUCAAAGCACAGUGAAGUAUGGGCUAAAUCCAAAAGAAUAUUACGUACUAUGAAAUUUGUGACCAAAGAAGGAAGGGAAGUUCUGAUUAAUAUGGAUAAAGAAGAACACAACAAUAUUUCAAUACUUUUAUCUUUUUGUAAACAUUGUGGUGAAGACUAUGCAGGCCUUAUACCGAAAAAAAUUAAGGAUUCUUCGGAGAAAUAUGGCAUUACAAUUCCACGGAACACAUUUCUACCAGCAGAGAAACAGAGUGUUGUGAGAACCCUUCUCAAAGAUUAUUUCUUAUCUUUGACAAAGCAUCUUCUUGCUGAAAGAGCUCAGUUGCAAGCACUACAUGCAGCUAACCAAAGAACAUUGCACACUAGAGGUGAAUUGUCACAAGAAAGGAAAGAUCAGCUGGAACAACAUCAGGCAACAUAUGACAAAUUAUUGGGCUCAGUAACAAUAGGGGGAAGUGAUGAAAUAAUAAUGCAGGCUGGUACAGAUCCAUGGCAAGAUGAAGAUACUAGAACAUUUUACACAACUCUACCAGAUUUAAAAGUUUUUAUGCCUAAUUAUCAGCUCAAAGAGGCUAUUAAAAGUAAAGCAGAGACGGUGACUGAAGAGAUGCUGGAUGAAGACUUAAAAGAGGAUGAGCUAAGCGACAGUGAAGAACAGCCAUCAGUACCAGAUGUUGAACAGGAAGAAUCUCAACCUGCUAAUGUUUCAAACAAAUAUGCUCUCGAUUCUUUCUUUACUGAACUGCCAAAUUGUAUUAAUAGAGAAUUGAUUGAUAAUGCUGCUGUAGAUUUUGUAUUGAAUCUCAAUACAAAGAAUAAUCGGAAAAAGUUGACAAGAGUCCUAUUUAGUGUUGCUAGAACAAGACUAGAUUUGUUACCAUUCUACUCAAGAUUUGCUGCAAUAUUAUAUCCAGUAUUACCAGAUGUUUGUGUUGAUUUGUGCCAAAUGUUGAAACAAGAUUUUAAAUAUCAUGUCAGGAAAAAGGAUCAAAUUAAUAUUGAAUCAAAGAUAAAAGUGGUUAGGUUUAUUGGUGAAUUAGUUAAAUUUGGCCUCUAUUCAAAAAUGGAAGCUCUUUACUGUUUAAAAGUUCUUUUGCAUGAUUUUAAACAUCAUCAUAUUGAAAUGGCUUGCAAUCUUUUGGAGACUUGUGGGAGAUACCUGUAUUGUAAUCCAGACACUCAUCAAAGGACAAUGAUAUAUUUACAGCAAAUGAUGAGGAAAAAGACUGUUUCAGCUUUAGAUUCUCGAUAUGUGACACAAAUAGAAAACGCAUUUUACUAUGUUUGUCCCCCUGAAGCUCCAGCGCAACCAAAGGAAGAAGAACCACCAAUGCAUCAGUUUAUUAGAAAGAUUUUGCAUGAAGAUUUACAAAAGAGUAACGAAGAAAAAAUUUUGAGACUAAUGAGAAAACUAAAUUGGGAUGAUCCUGAAAUAUCAGCUAUUGCAAUUCAACAUUUGGCUGGGGGAUGGAGAGUAAGAGCUAGUGCUAGACGCGCCCUAGCUCGAUUGACAGCAGAAUUAGCUACCUGGCAAGAAGCUGUUGCUCCAGCUGUAGUUGACACUAUUCUUGAAGAGAUUCGUCUCACAAUGGAGGACCCACACCCACGGUACAAUCAAAGAAGGAUAGCUACAGACGCUAUUGAAGAACUAAGACAAACUCUUUAUCCAGAGCUAGGUGAAGAAGAACAGAAUAACAAUGAUGAUCAAGGUGACGACAGUGUAAACGAAGGAUUGGAUACUAUUAUGGAGACAGAUGAUGAAACGGAUAAUCCUCAGUUACCCGAGGAGAGUUCUGACGAAGAUCCGAUUACUGAUAAUGCAGUUAACGACGUAAACGAAAAUGAUGAAAUGGUUUUAGAACAGAGACGUCCAGCGAUAAAACCCGUUGAGGACGUAGAAUUCGAAAGUGCAUUCGAAAAAAUGGUGAUGGAAAAUAUAGCGGACAGGCAACGUGAAAAUCGGCCGCAACAGAGAGACAUUGCCGUACCAAUGACGUGUCGGCAGACCACAAAGAAAACUUAUGAACAGCUUUUGCAAGGCAAAGAAGGUGUGGAGUUCGUUUUAAUGGUUAGAAAAGGAACCAAGCCACAGUACAAGUCAUUCAACGCACCCCCAGAACUCGCUAGUAAUUUGCAGCAACAAGCACUAGCUGACAAACAAGAGAUGGAGAGGAUGAAACGUUUAACCCUGUACAUAUCUGAAAGACAAGAAGAAGAAGAAUACACUGCGGAGAGUGGAGGAGGAUCUGGCGGAAUUGGAAAUCCAAAUAGGGGCCAGCAUGUGCGACAGAAAUAUCAACAUCCAAAAGGCGCCCCCGAUGUUGAUUUAAUAUUUGGAUCUAAAAAAUUCAAA